AUGGAUCAAGAAAUGGAGAAGCUAUGGAAAAAGUUCUCACUGACAGAGGAAGAACAGGAUGUCAUUGACUUAGAUUCUCCGAUCUCUGAGGCUAUGGCAACUAAAUACAAAAGGUGUGUAGUAGGGAGAUUGUUGUCCGGUAAACCAUUCAAUGCUAAGGCUCUUCAUAGUGCCAUGACAGGAGCAUGGAGAAUCAGUGGAGGUUUUGAGAUUUCAGAGGUUGGCAAAAGCAUUUUUGUUUGUGAAUUUUCGAGUGUGAGGGACAAAUUGAAGAUCCUACGGGAAGCACCUUGGCAUUACGAUCGCCAACUAAUCAUUUUGGCCGAGCUAACUGGAGAUGAGCAGCCGGCCGAAAUGAAGCUGGAGUCUUCGCCGUUCUGGGUCAGAUUAUGCAAUGUUCCCCUAAACUGCAGGGACCGAGCUAGUAUCAUUCGAAUAGCAGGAAGGGCAGGUACUGUUCUUGAAGUCAGAGAUGAGGAUGUUAACACCUGGGGUAAACACUUGAGGGUUCGAAUACAGGUAAACGUUACGUCUCCCUUAAAGAGAGGAGUUAUGGUUAGAAAUAAAAAUGGUGACAAAGUUUGGGUGUAUUUUCGUUUCGAAAGAAUGCCAAACUAUUGUUAUUGGUGUGGGCACAUAGGCCAUGUUCAUGAUGAUUGUGAAGUUAUUCCGGAUGACAUAGAAACCAAGGAUUGGCCCUAUAGCCCGGCAAUGCGAGCCUCUCCCUUUCGACGUGUUGUGGGUUCACGAUCAAGCGAAAGCAAGGAUAAACAGCCUGCGGAAUCGGGUGCUAGUGAAAAUGAAUCAGUCCAAGCUGUUCGAAGAGUCUUGCAAAUGGAUGAAGAGGGAACUACAGGGGAAGAGAGUGAUCAGUUACAACAAGAGGAUGCAGGUUGUGGCAAGGAGAUAGGAGACCAAAUUGCUGAGAAAGUAGCGAUCUUGGGUCUCACAGAAGGGAGAAAUACAGCUAUUACGCCAGGCAAAGUGAAUGAUUCGGAGGGAAGGGUUAUUGCAGGAAGUGGAAGUGGUGGACUAGUAGCGGCUAGUUGCAAGAGACGCUCAGGGUCAGGAUUUAAAAGGGCUAAGGCGGCAGCUCGAAAAGGAAUUGGGACCCCAGUAAGCCUGAAACAGAGGAGCCCUGCAGGGGGCAAGCGUAAAAUUGGUUUGCAAUUAGUUGAUGAGUCAGGUGAUGUUGUGAUGCGAGAACUUUGCCCGAAAAAGACCAAAAUGUCUUUGGCUGAUUCUUCUCACGGUUCCCUGGAGGUGGCGGAGACUGCGGAGCAGUCCCGCCGAUCAUUAUGA